AUGCGUAUUAUUAUACUUACAGUACUGAGUUCAUGUGCCUGUUAUUAAGUCUUUGAGCGCCAUGUUGUUACGGUGAGUCUGCUUCUCUUAUAGAUGUCAUGUUCAGUUUUCUCACGAGGAGCUUGUUUGGUGGCGUUGUUCUCCAACUUACAGGCUAAUGCUAAAGGGUGUGGUUUACCUGGCAGCGGCGUUAGCGUCUGUUUAGACCUCAAAUAUAACAUACAAUUAAAAUAUCACAGGGAACCAUGUUUGGAAAAAUCUGCAUUAACGUCUGUUAACGUUUACGUCACGAGAUGAUACGCCGUUCUACCGUGGACGGUUCUAGACCGCGUGUAAGAGGCUCAGAUGUAACGGUCCUGUAACAAUAACAAACUCCGUUUCGAAAUCUUAUCUUUGACUUGUUUCUCAUUAAAAACACCCUGAAGGUAAAUUUUUAGUACUGGAUAUCCAUCAGUUUUUGUGACAUUAUAAUUCGGCACGAGUACCGUAUUCGUGUAUAAUUGUUCAGUUGUGGUUGAUAACCGGACAAAAUGUGCUUCACGUUAAAGCCUGCGGUAUUCGUUUGCUUAAAUAAUACACAAAACUGACAGUGAUUCCAUAUACAUGCUAUAUCACCAUACUCUCACUACUUUGAGGUUGCUUAACUGCUCAAACGCAUAAACCAAUUCGCUUCACGAAAAGGGCUUGGUUUAAACACAUUCAUCGAAUUUCGAUGAUCACCGUUUUAGUAAUAUCUUGACUUUCUCACAAAGUUGGGCAGUCACUCCAGUUUUAGUUUAUUUCAGCUGUAAACAUGACAGAAAACGUCGAUCACAAACUGAAUUAUCCAGGUUUGUUAGUUUGACUUUGAGAAGUUUGAUUUUUUUUGUGCAGUCUAAACAGUCUAAUUUGUUCACAGGAUAAUUAAAAGUUCUGUUUCAUUUGGACUAUUGCAAUGAAUCCAUUUUUUAAAGUGCAUAUUAACAUACUGAGUGUGUUCAGCACAAUGGAUGGACAAUCUAGACUACAGCAUUUUGCAGACCCACUCUAACAUGUAAUUGUGCUGUACUGUUGUUAUAAGCUUAACUGAGAAAUAAAUCAAAAAUCAGCUGUAAUUCCUUUAGAGAUGCCAUAGAUAUCAGGAUAGUUCUGUGAGGUAAUCUUUGUUUUAAACAUGUAUAUUAAGUACAUUUGUGAUGCCGGCCUAUCUCCUCUUUUCUCUUAUUCAGCUUAAUAUGGAUGAAGUGAACAUCGUCUCUCUUGCCGUUGCGAGAUGCGUGGACACCUGCUGCCUGCUGAUCGACCUGCUCGUCAGGUCGCUCUGCUGGCUCCUCCACCUCCUGACCAGUGCAGGUGCCUCGCUCCAUAACACGUUGGUCGCCCUGAGCAGCUCCACUUUGGUCGAGUACUGGAACUGCGCCCUCUUUUCCUUCCUCACCGCCACAGAGGCCGUCUCCUCUGCGGCCUGUGGAGCCCUGCAGAGUCUGGGCGGGGUGUUUGAGAGCUUCAAAAUGGUGGGUCACCUCUUGUGCCAUGUGGCGUGGAGGAUAAAAGACGUGUUGCACCGCGGGUUUAUCUCAGGGAGCUGCAUCCUGCGGCAGACGUUUGAGUGCCUCUGCAUCUCGCUCAGCCUGGUUCUGUACUUCGUCAACACCGUGAUCAACAUGGUCCUCAUUAGCACGCAGAACUGUGCAAGUAUGCUGGCGGGGGUCUGGGAGAUGGUGGCGGACCCCGUGCACAGGAUGGUGGACCUGGCUCUGACUCUGCUGACCUUCUUGUACAGCUCCCUGGUCGGGGUGUCUGUGCUGCUGUGGACGCCUUGUCAGCUGCUGCUCGACUUCCUGGCUGCACUCGGACGCAUUUUUAUCACUGUUGUGACGAUGGACUCACACUCUCUGCUCAUCGCUGUGGUCUUCAUCUUCCUGGCGCUGCUGUUUCUGAACCCAAGACUGUCUGUACUCACCGCACACCUGAGCCUCAGACUCAUGAAUGCCCUCCCAGGUGCAGGUCAUGUGCAGACAGUACAUGAACACAAUCCAGUCAGUCAGGAGCUCCACACCCAGACUGUACGAAGGAGGCCCCCGCACACGCAAACAGGUGCUGUAACCACUGAGAAUGACCAGACAGAGACAGAACCAAGCCCUGCGGACCAUCUGCAGAGUGGCGGUACAGUGAGCAGACGCAGGACUGGAACAUCCGCAAAAAACAAACCCCCAGAGGUCAACGUCCCUUUGACGGAUGUGGAGCUGCUCAGCCUGCUGAAGGAGCAGGAGGAGAGGAAGAAGUGUGUCAUCUGUCAGGAUCAGAGUAAAACAGUGCUGCUGCUGCCGUGUCGCCACCUCUGCCUCUGUCGACACUGCGCUGACAUCCUCACGCAGCGCCGCGCCAUGCAUCAACGCUGCUGUCCGCUCUGCAGACAGGCGAUCACACAGACCAUGGACGUCUUCCUCUGA